AUGUCCUCGUCAUCGAUAACCGAUAUUCCCAAGAUUGCUGUACAGCACAAUGAUUCCAACACCAUCAUCUCGGAAGCCACAAUUCAAUUCAUUCAAUCAGAUUGUGAGGAUAUCGAUGCACUUGAAAAACGAGCAAAAGCGUUGGCAUGGUGUGCUCAAUCAGAGUUGGCGUUACGUGAUGCAUCUGAAAUCAUUCGACUCGCACCACCAUCAUCAUCAAUUGGUCAUUCUCUCGCUGGGUGGAUUCAUACGCUCUUUGGGCAGCACGAAACAGCUUUGCAAUACUAUAAUGACGCUUUACGAGCGGAAGAUGACGCGAUGAAAUGGAAAGAGAUAGAUGAAUGCCGAAGACACAACGCCCAACAGCUCUUGAAGCGAAUCGACUUUGUCAGCAAUCUUCCUUUUGAGUUGCUCUCAUUCAUCCUACCACGUACCUUGAUGAUUUUAACCAUUGGUGAUCUCUCCUAUUUGCACGUAUGCACAACAUGGCGGCAACGAGUAUUACAAACCGCUCAACUUCAAUGGAUCCGCCCGAGAGUGUUAACAUCUCAUGCCAUGCAUCUACUUCACGCAUACGCUCCAUCCAUUCAACAUUUGGAAUUACUGUGCCCUGUAUUCUACCCGCUUGGUAUGCAGCCUGGUACAUAUUUUAGCACUUUGCGAUCGCUAGAUAUUACCUUGGACUCGAACCGUUGUAUGCCAGUAUUGCUUGCACUGUUUCAAUCGAUGGGGCCUACUUUGAAAGAGCUUCACUUGUGGUUCCACCAGCGUAUUCAAGGCCAAUGGAUUCGAUUGGAUGGCAUCCUGGAUCGUUUUCCAUACAUCGAGCUAUUCUCAAGUGGCAAUGUCGACCUUUCACCUUUACGCAACACGUAUUCCAAUCUCAAAAGUCUCUUGAUCCAGUCCGUUCGGCAACCUCUUGAAGAAAACGAGAUCCUCGCAUUGCUGAAACAACUACCAGCGUUACGCUAUUUGAAGCUACCACGCUGCCAAAGCUCACGUCCACUCAGCAUCAUUCACCAAUAUUGCCCCUCUCUUCGUACGCUUACAUACAGUAUGGGAGAGGAUGCUGACACAAUAUGCAACGACAUCAUGGUUAUCAACGACGCAGGGCUUCAUAGCUUGACGAUUGAGGCUCUACAUGGUUUCCAGACACAGGACUUGGCUGCUGUAUUGACCGCAAAUUCGGAUACUUUGGUGAACUUGUCACUGUUUGGGGAAACAGCGUCUCAAGGCAACAUCUUGAAUUUGGAUCCUAAUGUACGAUUUGCACGGCUCCGGAAUAUUGUCUUCAGACUCGGUGCCGGUCAACAAGGGAAGGAUUUUCUACAAUGGUUACUCAAGCAUGCACCAAACGUGGAAGCAGUAGUGGUGGCUCGUUACAAUGUUGAUGAUCCUCACGUUUAUGCAUCGAUGAAGGAUAUACGCUCUCUCGAUUCUCUGGACUUUGUAUUGCCAUCACCAAGCUUGAUUCGUGUUCUAGAGCAUCAUACCUCUUUGGGUCUCGAGUCUUCCUUGCAUACCAUCACAAUCAAUUUCAAUGGGGAUCAUGGUUUACAUGCACUCAGUGUCGUAUCGCGUUUGCCCACAUUGGAGGUCAUUGAUCUACAGCUUGGUGAUGCUAUCAUGGGACAAGAGUUCGUUGCUAUUAUGGAGAAAAUCUUUGUGGGAUGUCAUUUCUUGGAAGAACUCGGACUCCAUUGUGAUCACGAAUUGCCACAUGAUAUCAUCCACACCUUCCAUUGCCCGUCCUUGAUAUCUCUCGAUGUUCCAACCGAUGAUCUCCCUUAUGCCAUUCAAACAGCAAUAGGUCAUUUACUUGUUGAUUAA